CAUACAAAAUCACAAAAAUUUCUUCACAAAUUAAUUAAACAUGAUAGGUUGGGAAGAUAUAUACAAGGUGGUGGUGGCCAUGAUGCCACUCUAUGUAGCACUCAUUUUAGGCUAUGGUUCAGUAAAAUGGUGGCACAUGUUCAAGCCAGAACAAUGUGAUACCAUUAACAAAUUCAAUUGCUUCUUCAUCCUCCCAUUUUUCGGUUUCCAAUUCAUAGCUAACAUCGAUCCUUACAACCUCAACUACCUCUUUUUAACCGGAGACCUAAUUGCUAAAGUCUUAGUGAUCCUGAUCCUCGCCUUAUGGGCUAACUUUUACAAAAGGGGGAGCUUUUCUUGGUCCAUAACAACUUUUUCUUUGUCCACAUUGAAUAACACACUUGUUGUUGGUGUCCCACUGAUGAAGGCCAUGUAUGGGGAUUUAGGGGUUGAUCUUGUUGUUCAAGCUGCUGUGACUCAAGCUUUGUUAUGGCUUACUUCUUUGUUGUUUGCACUUCAGUUUUGGAAAACCAAGAUGAAUAAUAAUGUUGAUGAUGUAAUUGAUAAUUCUGUUGAAUUGGGGAGUGUUAGUGACUUGGAAGGAAAUACUACUGCCCAAAUAAGGAAUAAUAAUAAUAAUGCUGCGCUAGCGUUUUGGCCAUUGAUUAAAGCUGUUUCUAUUAAACUUGCUAAGAAUCCCAAUUCUUAUGCUUGUUUUCUUGGUCUCUUUUGGGCUCUUUUAGCUAGCAGGUGGAAAUUUGAAAUGCCAAGCAUAAUAGAGGGAUCUAUCUUGAUAAUGUCAAAGGCUGGUAGUGGUGUCGCAAUGUUUAGUAUGGGAUUAUUCAUGGCUUUGCAAGGGAAGAUAAUUGCAUGUGGAGCUGCAUUGACGAUUUAUGCUAUGGUUUUGAGGUUUGUUGUUGGACCAGCAAUAACGGCACUCGGCUGUGUUGUUUUGGGUUUGCAUGGAACUGUUUUGCGCAUUGCUAUCCUCCAGGCAGCAUUGCCUCAAGCAGUGACUUCUUUCGUUUAUGCCCAAGAAUAUGGACUACAUGCAGACGUACUCAGCACUGCCAUGGUUUUGAACCCUCGCUGGAGGGUACCAGCGCGCUCAAACUUCAACUUUAGAGCCAAAGCACUCAUCAGACUUUUUGGUCAGUGGGUGAGCACGAUUGCAAUAUAUCCAAUUUCCAGUAUUUUCUAUAUACGUAUACAAAGUUUCCGUCGGGGUCAAUGGGUGCUCAAGCACCUGAAAUCUAUAUGUGGGUCCGUCCCUGUGUUCAAGAUAGUAUUUUAACAAAACCAGUUUUUGUUAUAAGAAUCUAAAGACA